AUGGGCGUUGAGCUCCAAGGAAAUGGCCGUGGAGAGCCACCUAUGAACCCGGAGAUUGCGAUUCCUCUGUUCGUUGCUGGGGGACUCGUCGCUACCUUGUUCCUAUACAGGACCGCCAUUCGACUUCGUCACCGACGGCGCCUAAAGCUCGCUCUGACGACAGAUGACCAGACGCAACUCUCCCAGUCGAAUGGCAUCAAGGCGAGCCUGAAGAAGCAUCUCCUCUAUGCGCCCCUUUGGGGCUCACGGCAUAGCCGCGAGUUUCGGUUCUUGCGCCUGCACAUGGGCUCGCUUCCCCUUCGACUGGAGACCAUCUUCUUGGCCAUCUAUCUUGCUUUGAACUUGAUCUUCGUCGUCGUCAAGGUGGAUUGGUGGAAAGACUACUCGACGCAGAUGUUCCAGCUCAAGUACGCCGCUGGACAUUUGGCUGUCAUGAACACUCCGGGUCUGGUUCUCAGCGCAGGGCGCAACAACUUCUUGGUCCCGCUGCUAGGGUUGUCGUUUGACACGUUCAAUCUUAUGCAUCGCUGGGUGGGGCGUGUCAUCGCCGCUAAUGCGGUGAUUCACAUGGCUGCUGUUCUUGCAAAUCAAGCAUACGAGAAUGGGACGGAUUACAUCCGCUACACCAUGUGGCAACAGCCCUUCUACAUAUCUGGCCUGGUGGCAGUUCUAGGAUUCGUGGUCAUAUGCAUCCAGUCAUUAUCGGCACUCCGGCAUUCUUACUAUGAACUGUUUUUGCAUCUGCAUAUCGCGCUCGCAAUCAUGUCUUUUGUGGCUCUGUGGUACCAUCUCAAGAACCUCCUCCAGCAGCGGGUGCUCUUGGGCACGAUAAUCCUGUGGGGCCUAGAUCGCCUCGGUCGAGGACUGAUUCUUCUCUGGAGGAACUGCGGCAAGUGUCGCACCACCGCCACCGUCGAGGCCUUGCCAGGAUCUGUGGCCAAAGUCGAUGUCGAGGUUUCGCGGGCGUGGACAUUCCGCCCCGGUCAAUACAUGUACCUCUACAUGCCCUGCUUAGGGCUGUGGACAUCACAUCCCUUUACAGUUGCUUGGUCAUCGGCAGGCGACAACUCUCUCAGCCUCAAGGAGAAGCGCAGCUCCAGUGAUUCGUUUGCUGCUCUCAUUGGGAAAUCGGAAAAGACUACCAUGUCGGUUCUCAUCAAGGGACAAGACGGAUUCACGAAGAAGCUUCUCCGAAAAGCAGAGAAGUCCCCCGAAGGCAAGAUUCAGGCCAUGGCCUUGGCCGAGGGGCCGUUCGGAGGUAUUCACUCGCUCAAAUCCUACGGAUCUCUUCUUUUGAUUGCCGGCGGCAUUGGGAUCACGCACCCACUAUCCUACAUACACGAAGUCAUGACCGACUUCCCCACUCGCACCUCUGCUACUCGCAAAGUGCACCUUGUCUGGAUGGUCCGAAGUCUAGAUCAUUUAUCAUGGAUCCAAACUUGGAUGCUCGACGUAUUGAGUCACGACGCUCUGAAUUCCUCCAUCAACACCAAGGGCGACACCUACUUCCAAUUCCCGGGACUCAUGCUCUCCAUCCGCAUCCACGUAACGGGCCAAAAGGAAGAUGUGGAGGAGUACAUUCCAUCGCCGGAAACGCCGUGGACGGAAUGCGCACCUUCGAACGUUCCGGUUAGCGUGGAAUACGGGAAGCCAUGCUUCAAGACAUUGUUGGAAAACGAAAAGGCGGAGCAAGUAGGUGCCCUGGCGGUCACCGUGUGCGGUCCUGGAGGCCUGGGCGACAGUGUCAGAGAGGCUGUCCGCCAUGUACAGGGUGAAAAAACGGUUGAUCUUUUCGAGGAGUCUUUCUCAUGGUGA